AGUUUGUUGCUUUUCUUGGAUAUAUUUUAUUUGUGAAUUCAUUGGAGGGUUUGUGUCAUUAAUCCAAAGAAUAGAAAAGUGUCCAAACAGCUGCAGAAGAAUAGCUUUGCUUGAGCUUUCAUUCCAUUGCCCAUUCCAUCCAUCUUUUAUCAAUUUUUUAAAAAACAUUUUGUUUUUCUUAUCUUUUUUGUACAGCCAAACAUUUAAAUUAGGUUUUGGUUUGUUUCCUAUCAAAUUAAAAGCCCUAUUGAAGAAACCCCACAAUCUGUGGCCUUUGUUGCAUUGGGUAGUUCUCCACUAUUUCCACUUUGAUGAUUAUCAUCUUGUCUUAACUUUGAUUUGAUUUCAAGAAAAGGGCAUUGGAAGUAAUUAUUGAAAUUUAAAUUGAAAAGAUCCAAUCUUGGUUAGGGAAAAGGUGAUUAGAGGUUUGAUUUUUGGAUGAGAUGCUAAGGGUGUUUGAGGCAAGAAAUAUUAGUGAGUAUCUCUGUGUCUUUUGGUGCACUCAUCAUCAGUUUCUUGGCAUCCAAAAUCUGCUGAAUCUUCACAAGCAUUACAGUUUGAUAUCCAAAGAAGACGAUCCCAUGCCUUAUUUUAGCAUUUUAUAAAUCUCUUAAAACUCUUAAUUACUUGGCAACCAAAAACCAACAAUAUAAAAAUCAAAAUCAAAGUCAAUGAGCGGCGACGAGGCUCGGUCCAACAUGGCGAUAUCGAGAGGAUUCACCAUAAUGGAGGUCCAAAGAGGCGGCAAGAACGUCGCCGGAGUUCAGGGGAAGGGAGCCGGCGGCGUGGAAGUCGGAAAAGGGAAAAUAUACCGGUCGUUGUCGCAAGGGCAUCACGCCGGAAAAGGAAAAGUGAAAGGAAUGUCGAGGUACUUCACGUUGGAGGCGAUGUGUCUUCUUGUCUGCCUCACGGCGUCGUUGCUUAUAUUGCCUCUCGUUUUGCCUCCCCUGCCGCCGCCACCUUUCCUCCUUCUGUUGCUGCCCAUUGCAAUUCUCGCGCUUCUCAUGGUCCUCGCUUUCAUGCCUUCCGAUGGCGGCGGCAUCGCCGCCGCCGCCACUGCCGCCGCCUAUGUGUAGAAUGGUGUGGACAAGAUUAUAGAGAAAUAUAUAUAUAUAUAUAUAUAAGUAUCAAUGGUGACAAGUUUUGUAUGUCUCCCUGCAAUGGGAGAAUUCUUAUGAAGAGCCUUAACACAUUUCUUUUAUUUCUUAUUGCAAUAAAAUUCACCUAACUUUGUUAUGCAAUGUUUUUGUUA